AUGCAACGCCUGCUCCAGCCUCUUGACUGGGAUCUGCGCACCAUCGAGACAACCGUUGUUGACCUCGUCGACGCCUGGGCAACGUGCACACCAGAGGCAACUGCAGUGGAGUGGAACGGGCAAAGGCUCAGCUAUGCCGGUUUACGAGAUGCAUCCCUGCACGUCAGUCAAGCCCUGCUUUCAGUUGGAGCUGGACCUGGCGACAAGAUCCCAAUCUUCUCCCAGGUGUCCUUGGAGCUUCUGCCUGCUAUUUUGGGCGUCCUCAGGGUUGGUGCUUGCUAUGUGCCCAUUGACAUGGCAGCCUGGAGCAAUGCAAGAAUCGACGCCACGCUCAAGGACAUCUCGCCGCGGGUGGGCAUUGCAACCAGCCAGACAGACACCCAACGCGUACCAGUGAUUGUCUUCUUCCAAGAACCAUGGCUUCAAUCGUCCUUUGAUAACAUGAAUGAUACAUGUAGCCAGUUGGACGCCAUCCGUCGAGGUCUUGAUACGAAUGCACUGGUGUAUAUCACUUUUACGUCUGGCACCACGGGAAAACCAAAGGGGGUGAUGAUCUAUUAUCAGGCUCUCUCCAAAUUUGUGUCAUUGACCGGCGGGGACUGUUUUAACACGGCUCCCGGGGAACGUGUGUUGCUGGCCUUUUCCAUUUCGUUUGACGCAUGUGCGGCGACCAUCUGGACAACAAUCACCAGGGGUGGAGCCUUGGUUAUGGCCUCGUGGUCAACAUUCCCCGAAUUGGCCACGACCUGCGAUAAUCUAAUAUUGACCCCGUCGAUGCUUGCCACGUUGCAUCCAGCUGGGCCUUUCGACAAGGCGCGCAGUCUCUAUCUGGGUGCCGAGGCCCCCAACUUCGACAUCGCGCGUCAAUGGAUUACCCCCACGCGAAAAGUGAUCCAUACUUACGGCCCCUCAGAGGCGACCAUUGUUAUCGCCUUUGGAAGAGUAACAGCAGACUCAGAGCCAGAUCUAGGCGUGAUUAUCCCCGGAGUGCAGGUUGAUCUCGUAGACGAGAACCUGAGAGAAAGCGAUGUUGGCGAGAUCUUGAUAUCGGGUCCCUGUUUGGCCGCGGGAUACCUGAACAACCCCGAGCUUACAGAUAAGAAGUUUAUCAGCUGGAAUGGGAAGCGCGCAUACAGGACCGGUGACUUGGCUAGGAGGACGAAAACAGGACUAUUAUGGAAUGGUCGGGCAGACCGCAUGGUGAAGAAUCGUGGAUUCCUCAUCAACCUGGAGACGGAGGUCGAAACUGGGAUGCUCCGAUUCAGCAACGUUCGGGCAGCGUCUGCUUUCAUGUGGCGCAAUAAACUAAUGGGCUUCGUGCAACCGGCUACUGUCGACCUCGAGGGGCUACGUGAGUUUAUGAGAUACAACUUUGACCAGUUUGUGGUCCCGGAUGAGUUCGUGGCGCUGGACCAAUUCCCUCUCACAGCGCACGGGAAGGUGGAUCGGGUCGCGCUGAACGGUCAAUUGGAAGAUAGAAUGGCGCAAGAGGACGCAGAUUUGGACACCUUUGUAUGCAGCUCGUCCUAUGGUGCGCUGCGGUGGGCGUUCGCCAAGUGCCUUCACGUCCCCUUCCAAAAUCUCACCAGGGCAUCGUCUUUCAGUCGACUGGGAGGUCACUCGCUGGCGGCUAUACUCGCGUCCAAGGCUCUGAUGCAGCAGGGUUAUGCUACCAGCGUUCUCAAAAUCAUUCGCGAAGACACCAUCGACCACCUGGAAGCAAAGCUCACGAAGAUCCACGCACAGCUCAAGCUAGUCGAGUGCAAUUGUAGUGGUAAUGGCAUCGCACCAUUGUCAGAUGCAGCACCAGCUACCGACAUGCACAGACUAAUGUUGGCGCAGUCUGCGCAGAACCCCAUGUCAAAUGCUCUCGUCGUCAGUGGCAGGUUUACAGGGACGCAGGAUGCCGUUCCAACGCCCCGCGAACUGCAAGUUGCGUGGGCCACGACUCUCGCGGCGCACAGCGUGUUCAAGACGCGAUACGACCUGCAAACAUGGACACUGCACGACUUGGACCACGUGAACCUGGAUUGGCAGGAGGUUAUCGUCGAAGCCGACGACUUCGACAACACCCUCCUGUCCAUCGAGGAGCAGGUCUGGGCUCACCACCGGAAUCUGCAGAGUGUCCGUCUAGACGUCCCAUACUCCGACAUGACCUGCGUCUACGCGCCGGGACCCAACAGCAGCUGCAAAGCCAUCGGCUUCGUCUGGCGUCUACACCACGUCCUCAUGGAUAUCUUUUCCUUCAUCAAUCUCACGUCCGACCUGGAGCAAGCCCUCACCAAAGGAGUAGUGACUCCGGGCCCCCGCAUCGCCGACUACGCUCGCGCGACCUUGAUCUUCGCCGCAUGGGCCCUCGUCCUAGCAAACUACACCGGCCAUCCUACUGCCUCAUUCUUCCUCAGCCGCUCAGGUCGCAUGGUCCCCUGGCCCGCAGCACCGUCUCUCGUCGCAGCCAUGAACUCCCGCGUUCCGUUCACAACAACUCUGCCCACCACCUCAACAGUGCAACAAUGGUUGGGCGAGAUGCACAGCACACUCCACCGGGUCGCGGAGCUGGAGAAUCUCUGCCAGUCGCUCGACCGCUCGAUCUACCCGGAGCCGUAUUUUAACACCGGCGUGCAGGCGUUCCUGUAUAUGCCGUCGGGGCCGCGCAGCUGGGAAGUACAUCAUCGGAUGACAGCGCAGGCGGAGUCCAUUGGCAUGGUUUGGAGGGUGCAGCCGGCGGAGACGGGGACGGGGGAGAUUCAAGGUGAGCUAGAGAUUGAUACAAGGGUGGUGGAUUUGGGGUGGGCUGAGGAGGUGGGUGCUUUUGCGGUGGGGAUGUUGGAGAGGUUGGCGGGUGCGGAGGGGAGUAUGAGGCUGGGACAUUUGAUGAGUGGCAGUAGUUAG